CUCAGUAAGUGCUGGAAAACGCUUCCGACAAUAGUGUGAUGCUCUACAUUACUCACCAUUGUUAGUUAAGUCUGUGUUUUCAUUAUAUUUUAGGAUUGGUUUGGCCAGUGAAGAAUUACCAUUACCAAAUUGAUUCAACUAAUACAAUAUUAUCGUUGAAAGUGGUUGAAAAAAUUUUUUCAGUGGGCUUUUAACAGAAAGCAAACCUACAUUUUUCGUUGAGAAAGCGGUCAAAACUAAGCCGGCGAUAGUAGAUCCAUUUUCUCUUCAUACGAUCAGAACUUACAUAGUUUAAAUGUCUUCAACCGAAGUGAAGCUAUCAAGGCUGCUGAUCUUAGCGCAAAAGUUUAACAACUUUUAUUUAUCAGGUAUUCAUAAGUGUGACAUUCGUCCAUUUGUGGUAGAGGGGCAACAAGUUGGUCUUAUUAAGUCAGAUGUUUUAAAACAUCUUAAAAAGUAUCCUGAAGUAUUUUGCAUUCGGACUUGUGAGCAAAGUAAACAGGGUUCGGUAGAGCUAAAUCCUGCUUUUCGUGACUAUAACGAGCGCACUGAGCAACUGGAAAAGGUUUUGCGUAACCUGCGCUCCGAGGGACUUUUUCCUGCAUUACAGGGAUGGAGGGAUGAGUAUUUCGAGGUAAAAGCAGACUGCAGAGCUCUACUUAAAAUGGAACGAGCAGCUACACCGCUCUUUGGAGUGCGAAAGUACGGCGUUGAUAUAAACGGUUACGUAAGGCACCCGACGCUUGGGUUAUGCAUUUGGCUGCAGCAGCGGUCAAACACAAAAGAGACCUGGCCUGGAAAGUGGGACAAUAUGGUAGGCGGUGGACUUUCAGUCGGCUUUGGUAUUAAGGAAACAGCCAUUAAGGAGGCUGCAGAGGAGGCAUCAAUUCCUUCUGACCUAGUCAAGAAUUUGGUGUCCGCAGGAUGUGUCUCAUUUUACUUUGAAAGCCGACAAGGACUUUUUCCCAAUACCGAAUAUGUUUUCGACUUAGAGCUACCACUUGACUUUGUGCCUCAAAACGCUGACGGGGAGGUCCAGGCCUUCGAGCUACUAACAGCCAAGGACUGUGUGGAGCGCGUUUUUACUUCAGAUUUCAAGACAACUUCAGCGCCUGUGGUGAUCGAUUUUCUUAUCCGACAUGGGCACAUAACAGCAGAUGAUGUUGUCGACUUCACGCAAAUCGUUGAGCUCCUGCACGUGCCCUUACAGUCCCUAUAUACGUACAAGACACGCUUUGAGCAAUCCAUUAAGCAACCUCAAUUCUUGCCAGGUGAUUCCAAAAACUGCAACUGUGAAAUAUUUCAGAAAAUAUCAGUGGAGAAUGGGCACAAGAAGUCAAAUUAAUCUGAAAUGCUGAUAAGUCUUAAAAAUAAAUAAUGAGGCAGGGCUACAAAGAAAUAUUAAUGCAAGCUCAAAACAAAAUAAAAGUGAUUGUAAUUGAAGUGAACUUUCUGAAGCCCAGGCUAGUAUCAAAGAGGUACACAUUAUUAAUGGACGUAUGACCCUUCCCUACAAGUCUGAUUAUAAAUGAAAGUUCAUAAAAAAUACAAUUUUGCUUUAAGCUUUUUUUAUUUCACAAUAUCGGUCAGCUUUAACAAGUAAAAUUAUUACAAAUACAUAUAUAUAUAUAUAUAUAUAUAUAUAUAUAUGUAUAUAUAUAUAUAUGUGUAUAUAUUAUAAAAUAUAUAUAUAUAUAUGUGUAUAUAUAUAUAUAUGUGUAUAUAUUAUAAAAUAUCAUUUCAUUUGUGUAGUCUACUAACAGCUGUCAAGAGUUUGUAAUACAAUUAGAUUUUUAAGAGUAGUGUUGAGCUGGUAUUGUAUUGCUGUGCUAUCUAACGUAUAAUGAACAAAAUAAUGACAAAUUCUCAAAUUCUGCUGAAAAAUAUUAUGAAGCGUAAUAUUUCAUUGUAUAGUGAUAAGCGUUGGUUUGGGCUUUAUUCGUUGUUUUCGUUGGUAUAAACAAGCAAAUUUUAACUAUUUUUUAAAAUAUUAAUUGUUAUUAUAUAACCUCCCCUGAUACUUGUCAAACAUGGAGAAAAACCACAAAACUCGUUUUUUGUCAAAAUAUUCAAUUUACUUAAAAUGCAAUAUUAUAGCAGUGUGAAUUAUAUAUAUUACAUCUUUUAUUAUAUGUAGUAACCAAAGUGCUCAAAAUUAAGAGAUACAUUAUAUAGGUAGGAUAAUGUUUUAUGUACAUUUUUUGUAACCUAAUACAAUAUUUAAUAAAGUAAAUAUAUUAAAGGCCGAAAAA